AGAAUUAAAAAGCAUUCUUAGUUCGCUUUGGGGUUUCUAUCGCUCCCAACUAACCAAGUAACCAUUAUUUCUUCCUUUAAAUGCAAUCCGAAUAAAAUCCUAACAAGUUCUUCUCGGGAUUCUCUUUUUCCAUUUCUCGCACUUUCUCUUCCGUUGUCUCGAGAAAAUUCUAUUACCGGGAACAACUUCAGUUGCUUCUUUUCUUGAUCUUCUGCGCUGUCGGAACCUCGUUUCCGCUUCCCGAGUUGCGGUUUCUGUGCGAGCGAGUUUGGCCAAGUGAACCCUCGUUUGUUAAACCCUAUGGAGAAGAACGAGGUGUGCACAUCGGAGUCCGUCGAUGGAAGCCGCGACGUGUGGAGCUCCAGAUCUUCGGAUUCUUCCUCCGCUGAUCAUCUCGUUGUCAUGGUCAAUGGAAUUCUCGGAAGUGCAACGGAUUGGAAGUUCGCUGCAGAGCAGUUUGUUCAAGAGCUUCCUGAUGAAGUGUUUGUUCACUGUAGCGAAAGAAAUGUGUCUAAGCUGACACUAGAUGGUGUAGAUGUAAUGGGAGAGCGAUUGGCAGAGGAGGUCCGUGAAGUGGUUAGAAGAAAGCCAAAUAUGCGUAAGAUAUCUUUCGUCGCACAUUCAGUGGGAGGACUAGUGGCAAGAUAUGCAAUUGGAAAGUUAUAUAGGCCACCUGAAAGAGAAGAUAAUGGCGAUAAACAAAGAAAGGAGGACUCAGCCGGUAAAUUGUGUGGUUUGGAGGCUAUCAAUUUCAUUACAGUUGCUACACCUCAUCUGGGAUCAAGAGGCAAUAAGCAGGUUCCAUUUCUUUUUGGCGUAAUUGCCUUUGAGAAACUUGCAAGUUGUGUUAUUCAUUGGAUUUUUAGGAGGACAGGUCAGCAUCUUUUCCUAGUAGAUGAUGAUGGAGGAAAACCUCCAUUGCUUAAACGCAUGGUUGAAGAUUGUGAUGGAUGUUAUUUCAUAGGAGCUUGUAACAGGCUUAUCCCGUGUGUCUUGGGAAAAAGUAGAUGUUAGCUUCCACAGUAGCAGACAGAGGUUUGCUGCGCAUAGUGUUAUACAGGUCAAAGACCGAAGCUCACACAUAGAAGGCGCAGAUGUCAUACAGCACAUGAUUGAUCAUUUUCUUACAUAAAUCCAUUUGUCCGUAGAGUUAUGUGUUUCCCACUUAGCCUUAUACAUUUUGCACAGG